AUGGCAAGUUGCAACCAUACAAGGGUGAAGGAAUUCCUUCUGGUAGGUUUAACUGAAAACCCUAAUUUGCAGAUCCCUCUCUUUUUGCUUUUCACCCUUAUUUAUUCCAUCACUCUCGCAGGGAAUUGGGGAAUGAUUAUCCUGAUCCGGUUAAAUGCCCAACUUCAUACUCCAAUGUACUUUUUCCUUAGCAACCUCUCUUUUUGUGACAUCUGCUAUUCUACUGUCUUUGCUCCAAAGAUGUUGGUCAAUUUCCUAUCGAAACACAAAGCUAGCACAUUUUCUGGUUGUGUUCUACAGUAUUUCUUUUUUGCAGUUUAUGUAACCACAGAAGGUAUCCUUCUAUCUAUGAUGGCUUAUGACCGCUAUGUGGCAAUAUCUAAUCCCUUGUCAUAUACACUCAUAAUGACCCAAAAGGUUUGUAUUCAGAUGGUCCUUGCAUCAUACUUGGGUGGGCUCAUUAACUCGCUGACACACACUAUAGGUUUGCUCAAGCUAGAUUUCUGUGGUCCUAACAUCGUGAAUCAUUAUUUCUGUGACAUUCCCCCACUUCUGAGACUUUCUUGCUCUGAUGCCCAUAACAAUGAAAUGUUACUUUUAAUUUUCUCUGGGGUCAUUGCCAUGUUCACGUUCACUAUCAUCAUGGUCUCUUAUACAUGCAUCAUCUUUGCCAUCCAGAGAAUCCGUUCAACUGAGGGGAGGCACAAGGCCUUCUCCACUUGUGCCUCUCAUCUCACUGCUGUGACCUUAUUCUAUGGGUCUGUAACCUUUAGUUACAUCCAGCCAAGUUCCCAGUAUUCCCUGGAACAGGAGAAAGUCUCUGCUGUGUUUUAUACAUUGGUGAUCCCCAUGCUAAACCCAUUGAUUUAUAGCCUACGAAAUAAAGAUGUAAAAGAUGCAGCAAAAAAGUCAAUGUGGUGGAAGAGAACCCCCACCUGA